UAUCGUCUGUUUUUUUGUUUGUCAUUUUCAAUAUCAUGUUCAUUUUCCAUUUGAUUCUAUUACUUUAUUUAUGUUCUCUCUUUCUUUCUUUCUUUCUGUCUCCCCUUCCCCUCUCAUUUUAUCACUAUCCAUCUCCACGUCCUCUUGUUCUGUUUAGAUCUUCCACUUUGCAUGACCUAUCAGAAGAUACAUUUGAAACAUCAAUCCAUGUCAUGGGGCUGAGCUCUGCUAGGAAAAAGCAUGUAAAAAAGGUGAAACAAGGUGUGAGGCAGAGAAAGAAGGCGGAGGAGAAUUCUGAGGAUAUAGUAAAGCAAAGAAAAGACAAGGAUGUCAAGUCACAUCCCAAGAUCUCAAAUCCUCGAUGGAAUGCCUUUUGCAAAACGACAUCUGAUUCUUCAACUUCAGAUGAAAAUUACUGGGCCCUAGUCAGAAAAAGAGAUAGAGCCAAAAUGCUUAGGAAAACGAGAAGACAGAACCCUUCAAAUGUUUCUACAGACGAGUGUUGCAAUAAGAACGCUAUUGAACUUGCCACUAUGGGAAUAAAUGGGGAAAAGAAGUCAGAGCAUGAAAGCUAUAAUCUAAAUAAUCCUAGGAGGACGAUUAGAAGGUAUAAAGAAAACUCCCUUUCAUUAUCUUCUGUGUCCUCUGUGGAACCCAACUCCUUGAGACGGUCUGGAAAACACCAGAAUAGCCAUCAGGAUUCAGAGCCUUCUACUUAUAUUAGGCAAGGCAGAACAAGCAAGGAGGACAAUGGUUCUGAGGGAAGCACAGGCAGAGAUCUUUUUACAGUUACAGGAAAUGGAACAACUGGUGAGACAGGGGCUUCUGUGACUGUGGCUGCUCGGAAACAUCCUGCGUUUUAUGCUGACUUAUCUGAGGAUUUUGAAGCAUGCAGGAUCUGUCACUGUGAGGGAGAUGAUGAAAGCCCCCUCAUCACACCAUGUCGCUGCACAGGGACCUUACGUUUCGUUCAUCAGGCUUGUCUACAUCAAUGGAUUAAGAGCUCAGACACGCGUUGCUGUGAACUCUGCAAAUAUGACUUCAUCAUGGAGACUAAACUUAAACCUCUCCGAAAGUGGGAGAAACUGCAGAUGACGACAAGUGAAAGAAGAAAAAUAAUUUGCUCAGUCACAUUCCACAUUAUUGCUAUUACCUGUGUAGUUUGGUCAUUGUACGUAUUGAUAGAUCGGACUGCUGAGGAAAUUAAGCAAGGCAAUGACAAUGGAGUCCUAGAAUGGCCAUUUUGGACAAAAUUGGUUGUGGUAGCCAUUGGAUUCACUGGAGGCCUUGUCUUCAUGUAUGUACAAUGUAAAGUCUACAUUCAGUUAUGGCGAAGGCUGAAGGCUUAUAACCGCGUGAUAUUUGUUCAGAACUGUCCAGAUACUGCCAAAAAACUGGAAGAGAAAAAUUCUUCCACCAUUCAGAACACUGAAAUUAAAGAUACUGUUGUGGUUCCAGUAUCACAGACAGAUACAAACUCUCAGCAAAUAGAAGAAACUGUUCCUGAUGUCAUGCCCGUUUGAUGGAAGUAGCAUUUCUUUGGGAAACAAAGCGAAAUGUUUCUGUUAGCUACAAGAAGAAAAGAAAAUCAAAUCCACAGAUUAUAUUUGAAAAAAGAACAAACAAAAAAUAGCAAGGAAAAUUGGUACUAAGAAGCUGCACAUUACCUCUGAAAUGUGACUGAGAAAUGUUUUUUCACCUUUCUUGCUAAGUACAAUUAAAAGUGGAAGAAGAUAGAAAAGCAAAAACUUAUAACAGGCAAAGGACAUGCCAACACUACUAUUGAUGGCUUAAAAGAACUGCAUUUGCAGAACUUCUACUUAUGUUCUGUUUACAAGAAAAAAAAAUUUUGUGUGUAUUUGCUACUAUGGUCUUUUUGCUAAUUAUUGUAAACUUGAGCGGGGGGGGAGGUCAAACAAAUUUUUAAGGUUCUUAUAAAGGUAUGCAUCGAAGCACAAAUUAUCUGAUAAUGUGAUAUUUAAUGCUAAGGUGAUUACCCUAUAACAUUUCUGUAAAAAAAAAAACCACUUAUUAAGUAAUAAUGGAUUUUGAGUAUUUGUAAACUAGAAUAUUAGAAAUAUUUUUCUUGGUCAACCAUAGACACAGAAAUAAUUAACAGCAAAUUUCCUGACAAAUUGCUAAAUUCAUCUGGAGCAGCAAUUUAGUUUGUAGUUCUUAUAUAGUAGAAUAUUAAAAAUUUCCUGGCCACUGUAAGAUUAUUCUUCCAAAGGACAAUUCAUUAAAUUGGAGUAUUAAGACACGAAAGUACUUUUGUUAACAAAAGGCUUUAUAAUUUCCAGUAUCUAUUCAUUAGGGUGAGAAAUAUUAAAAAAAAAAAAAAAAACCCCAAAAAAAUCCCACCCAAAAGUUACAGCCCAAUGCUUUGUUUAAAAGAUAGCCUUGAAAAAGUCAGUGGGGACAGCAUUCACAUUAUGACAAUAUUUCUUCAAUGUGAACUUAAUUGACAAUGUAUAUGCAGUAACUGCUAUAUAAGAAAGAAUUUAACAGUUAAGGAUUCAGUAGUUCAUUUGAUACUAUUAUUUUAAUAUAUUAAUAUAAAAUGAGGUAUGAUUAAAUAAGAUACUUAAAGUCAUAUCAAUGUAAGAAUGCAGCCUGCAGGGAUCCAAAGAAGAAUUUGGCAUCCCAUUUCAGAAGUAUUUACCCAGGAGGCUUAAAGAAAGUAAGAUAUUUACAGAAAAAUAAGUAUCUUAUUUCUAUCACUGUUAUGCUUGUUGACUGUAUUGUGAGUUGUGCCCAAGUAAUGUGAGUUAAUACAAGAAAACAGUAAUAAGGUGAGCUUAUGAUGAAAAACUGCAAUUGGUUAUUUCUAAAAGAAUUAUAAUUCAUGCUGCAAAUUUUAAAAAAGAGUAAACUGUCCUGACAUAAUUAUAUUUGUUUGUUCAUUGAGAAAUUGCAAAAGCAGUUAACUUCACUAAGAUAAAUAGGUAUUUUCUCACUUGAUGUCAGUAAAUCAGAGUUGUUACCAUUAUCAGAAAUCUAGCUUGGUUGAAAACAUAUUAACCAUAAAGUUAAUAUUAUACAAUAUGAUAGAUAUGACAAGAAUUAUAAUGCUGGAAAGCUUUCUGAAAUGAAAACUGGAUAACUGAACUGUAAACGAAGUAUUUUAGAUAAAAGAAAAAAUGCCAUUACAGUAUUUUGUGGUGUUUAGACGAUCCCAUAAUUUAAUGCAGAUAAUGGGACAGAUGGAAAAGAAGUCAGGCCACAAGCUGAAAUCAAAUUAAAACUGAAUGGUUUGCAUUUUUUUUUUCUAAGCAACAUAUAGAAGAUCACGAUGUAGUUUGGGUUAUAUUUAUAAUUUGGAGUGAUAACUUAUGUUUCUUCUCCAACUAUAAAUAUUUAUGAUGUUACUAUGCUUUGCAUAGAAGAUCACUAUGGCAUUAAAAGCUGAAAACUGAACUUAUGCGCAACAAAAUGCACUUUCAGAAUAAUACUGCAAUAUGAAUUUAUUAUCAUUCUACUAAUGUUAAUGUCAGUCCAGGCAGUUAUUUGCCCGGCUGCAUAUUUUGCAGAGACCAUACAAUGUAGCCCAUACAGAGCAACAUUGUGUAAAAGGAUUAUCAUGCAUGUGACAAAAGGCAAAUGGCUAUUCAUAUAUUCAGCGCCAGUAAAAUACUACGGUAGAUUCAUAGAAAUGUUGGCAUGUUUAUAUAGCAUGAUGCAUUGGGAGAAAAGGUCUACAUGAUUCCCAUACCAAGAUUUAGAAACAACUUAUCAUUAUGCCAGCAACAGUUUUAAACCAAGAUUUGUUUUGGCUUAAUUCCAUAGAAUCUAGGGAAUUAUGCUAUUUUAAAACAUGAUUCACAUGGAAACAGGUAUGAAGCUUUCAGUUGUAUUUAAAAAUUAUAUUUGUACCACAAUUUGCAAUGUGCCAUCUUUUUAUGCUGUCUUUUUUGAGUACCAGUUAAAGUGUAUUACAGAUACCAGAAAAAAAUGUGGAAUAUUAUCGUCCUUUAAGGGGAAAAACCAAUUUUUAAAAUUCCAGUAUUUUUUGUUUGUUCGGUUGGUUGGUUGUUUUAUUCUUAGGCAGCAUUCGAUUCCAAAUUAUCCUCCUGGCUAUAAAUGUAAAAUACUAUUAGUAUAAUUGUUACAGGUGGAAAGCAAUCAAUAGCAAAGGUCAGUAUUCCAUUGUUGCACAGAUCCCCAUUUAUCUGAAAAUUAUCUCUCAAUUUCUGAAAACUGCACUGCAAUCUAUGAUGCAAAUAUUUUAUUAUAUAUAAUCAUUGGACUUGCAAGUUUGUUACUUGUUUUACCCAGUUCUCUUUGGCAAGAGCUUUUGUGGGUGAUUUGUGUAUUUAAAAGGUUCUUGGGGUGAGAAAAAAACCUAAUUGUUGUGGAACAAAUUUGUAUUUGUAAUAAACAGAUGACUCUUAA